GCAACCUUGAACUAGCGAUUGGAUUCGACCUGUUCGCAGCUGUUAGCUUGUUCGUUCGAGGAAGCUCUUCGAUCCCAUCUACGGUUCUUCUUCCCGUCUCAUUUUUCUUGCACUCUGGCUUUCAUCGCCUCUAAAGAAAAUUACUUGUCGCACUCUGAUGGGAUCUCGACUUUCACUCUUUGCAUCUUUUGAUCUUGCAAACUCUCAGCGCGCAUCUGACUCGGCUGCCUGCUUGAGUUCUGUUGCGCGCGUAAAGUACCUGGGCUAGACGUGCCCUCACCCAUGCGAUUUCUCACCUCUUGACCUGUCCCCAGCAAACUCGCCCGUCUUGACUUCGCAUUCACAUAUCGACUUGAGCCUCGAGCUCGAGCGCACCCAGUUUUCGACAUGGCGACAAAUCCCGAGUCACCGUUGCCCAUACACAACCCGCCGCCCAUAGCCAAUGCCGCGCCGCAACCCGCUCCUCCAGCGCAACCGAUGCAGCCCGCGCAGCACGUCACCCAACGACAGGUUGUACAGCCCACACCGAGGACACGGGAUACCUUCAAUGGCCAGGCGCUUGGGCGUGAGACCAAUGCCCGUGUUAAGCAGGCGCGCGUCUUGAUGGUCGGAGCAGGUGGCAUUGGCUGCGAGCUAUUGAAGAAUCUUGCUUUGGCCGGUUUUGGCGAGAUUCACGCCGUAGACCUCGACACGAUAGACCUCAGCAACCUCAAUCGACAGUUCUUGUUUCGACAUGAGCACAUCAAAAAGAGCAAGGCAAAGGUAGCAAAAGAGGCUGCGCAGAAGUUCAAUCCGAACGUCAAGAUCGAAGCGCAUGAGGCCAAUAUCAAGAGCCCACAGUUUAACGUCGAGUGGUUCAGGUCUUUCGCCGUGGUUUUCAAUGCGCUCGAUAAUCUAGAUGCGCGAAGACAUGUAAACCGAAUGUGCCUAGCCGCCGAUGUGCCGCUUAUCGACAGCGGAACUACUGGAUUCAAUGGCCAAGUGCAAGUUACCAAGAAGGGCGUCACCGCAUGCUAUGACUGCGAACCCAAGGAUCCGCCGAAGUCGUUUCCUGUUUGCACCAUUCGCAGCACACCCAGCCAGCCGAUUCACUGCAUUGUGUGGGGGAAAAGCUAUCUAUUGAAUGAGAUUUUCGGGACCUCGGAGGAUGAGUCGGCAUUCGAUCACAGCGCAGAUCAAAACAACGCCGAAGAGGUCGCUGAACUGAAGCGAGAGGCUCUUGCGCUGAGAGCGAUCCGUGACUCCAUCGGGACAGACAAGUUUCCCCAGAUGCUCUUCGACAAGGUCUUCAAAGCGGACGUUGAGAGGUUGCGCUCAAUGACGGACAUGUGGAAGGACAGGAAGCCACCUACUCCACUCGACUUUGAGACAUUGAAGACGAAAUCUGCCGAAGACCUCAACAGGACAGAUGCUACACUGAAAGAUUCCCAACGGCUGUGGUCGCUAGAGGAGAACUUUAGCGUCUUCAUUGACAGCCUCAGUAGGCUGAGCAAGCGGAUCCUCGAGCUGAGGAAGAGCAAAACGCCUGAAAGCCCAGAGCCCAUCAUUGAAUUUGAUAAAGAUGACCAGGACACCCUUGAUUUUGUCGCGUCAAGCGCCAACAUUAGGUCUCACAUAUUUGGAAUUGAGGGCAAAUCCCUCUUUGACAUUAAACAAAUGGCUGGCAACAUCAUUCCUGCUAUCGCAACAACCAAUGCUAUUGUGGCUGGCUUGUGUGUCCUAGAGGCUUUCAAGGUACUCAAGGGCCAGUACGAGGCUGCCAAAGAGGCAUUUUUGACUCCUUUCAGAGAAACGGGCCGGAUCGGCAUCGACCGCCCACGAAAGCCAAAUCCAGACUGUCCUGUCUGCAGCGUGUUCCAAAUCAGUGUGGUAGCUGAUUUAUCACGCGCCACUCUCGAUAACCUAGUUGAAUUUGUGAAGCACGGCGUUGGCUUUGGCGAAAAAGAUUUUUCGGUUCAUGUCCAAGAUGGCAAGGACUUGAAAAUGCUUUAUGAUGUGGAAGAGACAGAAAACUUGCCAAAACUGCUGACCGAACUUGGCGUCUCGCCUGACAGUUUUGUCACCAUCAUGGACGACGACGAUGAUGGGCUUGUGAACGUGGUUAUUCUUAUCGAAGCACCAAAAACUGCCGAUGACAACGCUAGUGCAAUCCAAGCAUUACAUCCUGAUAAAAAGCUGGACAUCCCUAAGAAACCCGCCAAGAAACCACCUCAGCCACCGACCUCAAAUGGGGCCGUCGUCUCGAAUGGCACAAGCCUUACUUUGGAGGGCGACAACGAGAAGACGCAGAAAAACCCCAAGCGACCUCGCGAGGGCGGCGAAGCCGAUGAAGCUGCUAACGGAAGGGAGCCGAAGAAAGCCAAGAUACGUGGCGGAGACGAUGACGUUGUCGUAGUCACAGACGAAGGUGGUGCCUUGGUCAUUUCAGACGACGAGGAUUGAGAGCUUUUGCAGCGAACAGUCUAUUAUCGUACACCUCUUAUCGUACAGCUCUCGACCCGAACCUCUGGUUGGAUGCACAUCUCAAACCGCGCUCAAUCCUCCAUCGAGAUUGAGAAUGCAGCCAUGUGCAUACGAGUUGGUGGCCAGAAAGAGAGCGGCAUCGGCUACCUCCUUGGUCGAGCCCAUCCGGCCGAGGGGUAUUGAGUCAAUGACGGUUUGACCCAGCUUUGAGCUUUUGCCUUGUAUUCGUGACAUGUAAAAUUAGCUUUGUGUAAAUACUUGCUGGCGUUUGGAGAGGGGCCCAGGGGGACAAGCCAGCACGCUAUCUUUGAACUGAUUUCCCUUUGCAGGAUUGUCUUCUGCGGAUCAUAGCCUGCCGCUUUUUUUCUCUUUUUUUUCUUGUAUUUUCCCACGGCCACAUACGAUGAGUUCUCGGGAAGGAUUUCUGGGACAAAUGCUUCCCGCGAUAUACAUCUCAUUCAAGGGUGUUUGGGCUAUCUGGGCCCAAUGGGGCAAGGAAAGAUAGGUCGACGAGAAGAAAGACUGAAUAAAAGGUGACACCAUAGGGUAGAGCGAUGAACUGUCACGGAAGAUGAAAAAUAAAUAAAGAAAACUUACUGUUAGUCAUUGGCGUGUUUAUGUAGCCAGGGACCAGGGCGUUGACACGGAUUUUGUACUUUCCAAGCUCUACGGCCAAAGAUCUUGUGAGACC